AAACGCUAGAAACCUACUGCUUGGAAACUCUAUUUCUUUUCUGGGAUUCUUGAGAUGUUUUCUUUUAGGAUGAUCUUUGGUUCUCGAUCACACCUUUUCAACUCCAACAUCUUUUUCUCGCCGUCCGUUGUGUUCUUGAUUCUUGCAUUGAGUUGCUUAGCGAAGGUCCCAACUGUAGGGGCUCGGUUGGACCCUCAUGAAGUUGAAGCGCUCGGAGAUAUUGCAAAGGAGUUGGGCAUAACGACUUGGGAUUUCAAUAAGGUCCUUUGUUGCGAAGAAUCAGAUCCGGCGAUUGGCGCUGCUCCCAUCGACGAGGAACAGAAGAACUCCAUCACGUGCAAUCGUACCGUGGAACCUUGGCAUGUCGUAAACAUAACUCUCAAACGUCAGGAUCUUCAAGGUGUGCUUCCGAAAGAGCUUGUCAGGCUUCCCCACCUCCAGCACAUCGAUCUCGCUCGCAACUAUCUCAACGGUUCCAUCCCUCCCCAAUGGGGUACCUUGCCAUUAGUGUACAUCAACGUUCAGGGAAACCGCUUAUCUGGGACAAUCCCAAAGGCACUCGGAAACAUCUCCACUCUAACAAUUCUGAUCCUUGAAGCCAACCAGUUUUCUGGACAUCUGCCACAAGAGCUUGGGAAUCUGACCAACUUAGAGAAAGUCCAAUUUUCUUCAAAUGAGUUCACUGGGGAGCUGCCAACGACAUUUGCUAAGCUUGCUGAGAUGCACGAUUUUAGGAUAAAUGAUAACCGCAUGAAUGGAAUGAUACCUGAUUUUAUUCAGAGCUGGCCUAACCUCACCAGAUUAGAAAUGAUAGGAAGUGGUUUAAGAGGGCCUAUUCCUCCCGGCAUUUCUCAGCUUGGAGAAUUAACUAAUCUGAGGAUCAGUGACAUAAAUGGGACUGGGGUGGCUUUUCCGCAGUUGAAUAAAAUGAUGAAACUAAAAACAUUGACACUGCGCAACUGUAAUAUUUCAGAUGUGAUCCCUUCAUAUAUUUGGCAGUUACCGAGCUUGAGAAAAUUAGACCUUAGCUUUAACAAACUGACUGGAAAUCUUUCAAGCAUCUCGCCUAAUACAUUUUAUCUGGAAUUUGUGUACUUAACAAGGAACCUGCUAAGUGGAUCUAUACCUGACUGGAUGUUGAAGUUGGGUCCAAGUACAAGCAUUGAUAUGUCUUACAAUAAUUUUACACCAGGAAACAAUGAGGCAUCUGAGUGUCAACAAAAUGGAGUCAACUUGUUCAAAAGCUCCUUUGUUGGGAACAAUAAAAGUGGAGAUUUUCAAUGUUCAAGCAAGAAGUUCCAUUGUGAGCACCGUAAUUAUUGGUUGUAUAUAAACUGUGGUGGAAAGGAAGUAAAAGUUGGCAAAAACACUUAUGAUGAAGACCUAGAUAACAGUGGCUCUUCAUAUUUUCACCGUAGUAAAUUCUGGGCAUAUAGCAGCACAGGAUACUACCCAGAUGCCAGUAAGUCUGAAGAUGGGUAUAUAGUACCAAGUAAAGAGACUGUCAAUGCCUCCAACCCAGAAUUGUACAAAAUGGCACGUGUUUCUCCCAUAUCCCUAACUUAUUAUGGAUUCUGUAUGGGCAAUGGGAGUUACAAUGUGACACUCCACUUUGCUGAGAUAUCCUUCUCCAACAACAAAAGCUAUACAAGCCUCGGAAAGCGCAUUUUUGAUGUUUAUAUUCAGGAAAAACGGGUCUUAAAGGAUUUUAACAUUGAAGAUGAAGCACAUGGUGCUUUUAAACCAAUAGAGAGGACAUUUCCCGCAAAUGUGACUGACUCCUUGGAGAUCCGCUUCUAUUGGGCUGGAAAAGGUACACAAAGCAUCCCCACCAGAGGAGUCUACGGUCCUCUCAUAUCAGCUAUUUCAGUGGUUCCCGAUUUCAUACCUCCCACUGAACGUGGCAAAAAGAUUUCUACUACUGCAGUGGUUGGGAUUAUAGCUUCUGUAUUAUUCUUUAUUUUCUUGGUUUUGGGUAUCCUCUGGAGGAAAGGCUGCCUGGGAAGCAAAACUGCAAGGGAUGAAGAUCUCAGGGGCUUGGAUCUGCAAACUGGUUCCUUUACCUUAAGACAGAUUAAGGCUGCCACUAACAACUUUGAUCCCUCAAACAAGAUUGGAGAAGGUGGUUUUGGGCCUGUUUACAAGGGUCUAUUACUAGAUGGUACCACAAUUGCAGUGAAGCAACUUUCUUCCAAAUCAAGGCAAGGGAACCGUGAAUUUUUGAAUGAGAUAGGCAUGAUUUCUGCAUUGCGACAUCCCAACCUUGUGAAGAUUUAUGGAUGUUGUAUCGAAGCAAAGCAGUUGUCUCUGGUAUAUGAGUACAUGGAAAAUAAUAGCCUUGCUCAUGCUCUGUUUGGUCCCGAAGAAUGCCAAUUGCAGCUUGACUGGCCAACUAGGAAUAGGAUUUGUAUUGGAAUAGCAAGAGGUUUGGCGUAUCUCCACGAAGAAUCAACAUUGAAAGUUGUUCAUAGGGACAUCAAAGCCACCAAUGUAUUGCUUGAUAGGGAUCUUAAUCCUAAGAUAUCUGACUUUGGUUUGGCAAGGCUUCAUGAAGAGGAGGACACCCAUAUUAGCACUCGAGUAGCUGGAACUUUAGGAUAUAUGGCACCAGAAUAUGCGAUGCAUGGUUACCUGACAGAUACAGUAGAUGUCUAUAGCUUUGGAGUGGUGACUUUGGAAAUUGUAAGUGGGAAGAGCAUCACAAGUUAUAGGCCAAAGGGAGACCACGUUCAUCUGGUGGAUUGGGCAUAUGUUCUGCAACAGCAAGGAAAUCAACUAGAGUUAGUCGAUCCGAGAUUGGGAUUAGAAUUCAACAAGGAAGAGGCAAUAACAAUGAUUGAUGUGGCCCUCUUAUGCACCAGUGCAUCUCCUACACUUAGGCCUAAAAUGUCUGCUGUGGUGAAGAUGCUCGGAGGCAUCAUUGAGGAUCCAAUUUCAGACCUGAAUUUAUUCAGUGAUGAUUUCAAUGCUAAAGCUGUUGGAAACUUUCCUCAAGAGAUCCGAAGUGUUAGCUCAAGUCCAACCCAUAGCCUGAUUGCGUCAACAGAUCAGCCCUGGACUGAAUCUGUAUCCAUCCCUGAUCUAUAUCCAAUCAAUCCGGAUUCGCAUAGUUGGAGUAACAUCAAUUAUCGGGUCAGCUUGUAUGCAUCUGGUACCGUCCGUAAAAAUUACAAGAGUAUUCUUGCCAUUACCUGUUCUAUCUUGGAUUGCAGAGUUCUAAAAGGCCAGAAUCUUCAAGGUGUGCUUCCACGGGAGCUCGCCAAGCUUCCUUACCUCCAAGAAAUCGAUCUCACACGUAACUUCCUCAACGGUACAAUUCCUCCAGAAUGGGGAGCCAUGCCAUUGGUGAACAUCUCUCUUCUUGGAAACCGCCUAUCAGGGCCAAUCCCAAAGGAGCUUGGAAACAGCUCCACUCUCAAGACUAUGGUACUCGAAGCCAACCGCUUUAACGACACUCUUCCUGAAGAGAUUGGAAACAUAGUCACUCUAGAACGAUUUGUAAUUUCUUCAAAUGAGUUCACAGGAAUGCUUCCGGGAACACUUGCUAAUCUCAAGAGCUUGAAGGAUUUUAGGAUCAGUGAUAACAACUUCACUGGAAAGAUACCUGAUUUCAUCCAGAACUGGACACAACUCAAGAGAGUAGCAAUACAAGCCAGCGGUUUGGAAGGGCCCAUUCCUUCUAAUAUUUCACUUUUGGAAAACAUGACUGACUUGAGGAUCAGUGAUAUAAAUGGAUCAGGCUCACCUUUUCCAACACUGGGUAGAAUGAAAGGAAUGAGGACACUGAUAUUGAGAAAUUGCAAUCUUUCCGGACAAAUCCCUCAAGAAGUUGGGCAAAUGACAAGACUGAAAACCUUAGACCUUAGCUAUAACCAAUUGUCGGGAUCGAUUCUACCCACCUUUGAAGUUAAGAGGGGAGAAUUUGAAUUUAUGCAAGCGAUCCUGUUUCUGAAAAUAAUUUUCACAACAGGGCAGAUCUCCAUGAUAAGUGUUAUGAUAUUUGACUGGCAACUUGCUAACGGGGGAUGUACUGGUUUGGAUGCUGGAGAGAGGAUCAAACAUAUGUUUCAGACAUGCUGGGGAACUUUAAAGAAAGGCAAACUAGGUGAUCUUUCUUACAAUAAUUUCACAGUGGGAGGCUCCGCCCCAAGUGAAUGUCUACAAAGAAAUGUCAACUUGUUCGGGACCUCUUCAAUGCUGAACAAUUCGAGUGGAGUUGUUCCGUGCUUGAAGAACUUCCGUUGUCCUAAAAGAGAUCGUUUUUCAUUAUAUAUAAACUGUGGAGGAACGCAAGUUACCGACGGGAGCAUCACAUUCGUUGAAGAUCAAGAUGAAGGUCGCCCUUCAACAUUUUUUGCAAAUUCUAGAGACUACUGGGUAUUUAGCAGCACAGGGAACUUCUUGGAUAAUGACGAUGACAAAGACAACUACAAAGCAUCAAAUAUAUCCAUACUUUCUUUCCCCAACUCAGCGUUGUACACAACGGCCCGGAUCUCUCCUCUUUGCCUCACUUAUUAUGGACUUUGUCUUAUAAACGAAAAGUAACUGAACCUUCACUUUGCAGAGAUAAAGUUCACAGCUGGCAAUAAUUAUAGCAGCCUUGGAAAGCGCAUAUUUGAUAUUUGUAUUCAGGGAAAAUUAGUUUGGAAGGAUUUCAAUAUUGCACAUGAAGCUGGUGGGCCUAAUAAACCCACUGAGAAUUUUACUGCAGUCGUGACAACCAACACCUUGGAGAUCCGUCUCUACUGGGCAGGAAAAGGCACAACAGUCAUCCCUGAAAGAGGAAUCUAUGGUCCUCUCAUAUCAGCUAUUUCUGUUGUUCCUAGUAUGCUUCUCUUCUGUCUUCAUGAUAUCCGUGCUGUUUUUCUUAUAGAUUUUGUUCCUCCAUCAGAAGGUGGCAAAAAGAUAUCUGCUGGUGCUGUGGCGGGCAUUAUAGCUUCCGCUUUGUUUCUUACUUUCUUGAUUCUGGGUAUUCUCUGGUGGAAAGGCUGCCUGAGACGAAAAGACACCAUGGACCAAGAUCUUAGGGGCCUGGACCUGCAAACUGGUUCCUUUACCUUACGACAGAUUAAGGCUGCCACUAACAACUUUGAUCCUGCAAACAAAAUUGGAGAAGGUGGUUUUGGGUCCGUUUACAAGGGUCUAUUACCAGAUGGUACCAUAAUUGCAGUGAAGCAACUUUCUUCCAAUUCAAGGCAAGGGAACCGUGAAUUUUUGAAUGAGAUAGGCAUGAUUUCUGCAUUGCGACAUCCCAACCUUGUGAAGAUUUAUGGAUGCUGUAUCGAAGCAAAGCAGUUACUGCUAAUAUACGAGUACAUGGAAAAUAAUAGCCUUGCUCACGCUCUGUUUGGUCCUGAAGAAUGCAAAUUGCAGCUUGAUUGGUCAACUAGGCAUAGGCUUUGUAUUGGAAUAGCAAGAGGUUUGGCGUAUCUCCACGACGAAUCAACAUUGAAAGUUGUUCAUAGGGACAUUAAAGCCACCAAUGUAUUGCUUGAUAGGGAUCUUAAGCCCAAGAUAUCCGACUUUGGUUUGGCAAGGCUUAAUGAAGAGGAGGACACCCACAUUAGCACUCGAGUAGCUGGAACUUUAGGAUAUAUGGCACCAGAAUAUGCAAUGCAUGGUUACCUGACGGAUAAAGCAGAUGUUUAUAGCUUUGGAGUGGUGACUUUGGAAAUUGUCAGUGGGAAGAGCAUCAUUGGUUACAGGCCAAAGGGGGACCACGUUCAUAUGGUGGAUUGGGCAUAUGUUCUGCAACAGCAAGGAAAUCAACUAGAGUUGGUCGAUACAAGGUUGGGAUUAGAAUUCAACAAGGAAGAGGCAAUAAUAAUGAUUGAUGUGGCCCUCUUAUGCACCAGUGCAUCUCCCACACUUAGGCCUAAAAUGUCUGCUGUAGUGAAGAUGCUCGGAGGCGUCAAGGAUCCAGUUUCAGACCUGAAUUUAUUCAGCGAUGAUUCCAAUGCUAAAGCUGUUGGAAACUUGCCUCAAGAGAUCCAAAGCGUGAGCUCAAGUCCAAGCAAUAGCCUGAUUGCGUCGACAGAUCAGCCCUGGACUGAAUCUUCUGUGCCCGUCCCUGAUCUCUAUCCAAUCAAUCUGGAUUCGCAGAGUUGGAGUAACAUAAAUUAGUGAACUUUAAUUUCUACGUAUGCAGCUUUUGGAAUCUAUUACAGAUUGGCUUUUCCUUUUCAUUUGUAAUAAAUUAGAGAUACGGAGUUUCAUUAUUACAAUUGUACUAAAAAACAUUGGCAGUGGCUUGCUUGUACUUGGGUCAGGUUGUAUGCAUCUGGUUGCUUGCUGUAUGAUACCUUUGUUUUUGAAUAAAUGAACUGAAACUAUGUACCA